AUGUCCCGACGGGAGACACGAGUGGAACGUGUGGUGGAGUACCCACCACCGCCUCCAAGCAAAUGUGCUAAGGUGCUGUACUACACAUGGAAGCUGUGCUCCCUGGUGUUCUCGCACUUCGUGAUGAUAAGCCUGGUGGUGGCCUAUUGCAUUCUUGGCGCCGUCACCUUCGAGCGGCUAGAAGCACAACAUGAAAGAGAAGUAAAGAUGAACAUCUCGCAGAUCCGCAGCAACACGACGCAGAGCAUCUGGCACAUGACGCGCACGGUCCCACUGCUUAACCAGACCAACUGGACAUCCGACGUCGUCGACAUGCUUAAGGACUUUGAGAAUGCGAUCUUGCUCGAGAUGAAAGUCCGCGGGUGGGACGGCAACGAGAGCACUGAGCAGAUCCAGUGGACCUUCACCGGUGCGCUCUUCUACAGCAUCAUUGUUAUAACUACUAUCGGAUAUGGGCACAUUGCACCUAAGACACAGACGGGAAAGGUGGUGACCAUCUUCUACGCAAUCCUCGGCAUUCCGCUCAUGCUUCUCUGCCUGUCUAACAUUGGCGACGUCAUGGCGUCAUCCUUCAGGUUCCUAUACUGGCGGGUUUGCUGUUACGUGUGCACUCGACCACCGAAAAGAAGGCAUAGACAUCAUCAUACUGCAAGGCGCUCAGUGCGCGCGAGUCGUCGGCGGCGGCCGGUGGAGCGCGCGCACUCUGACACCGAUUUCAGGUAUCGUGAUAGCGGCUAUAGCAGCGGCAAGAUCAAACGCACGCGACCUCCUUCGGCGACCCUGCCAUCACGGACCCGCUCUCAGCCACCGCCGCUACGGUCUCAAUGUCGAGACUUGGAGGCAGGAGAACAUUCACCAGUGAGAUUUGACAAAUAUAGUCGGGAUAAAUAUGACGAAGAAGAUGUGGAAUUUCCGAAAAUCUCGCUCCCACUACAAGACUUACAAGCAGCGUUAAAGGAUUUGGAUAAUCACCAGCUGAACUUAAAUUCUAAAUCAGAGCUGCGGAGUAAAUCUUUACCGAGGCCAGCGAAAUCAAAGCCAGAAUUCGGACCGAGGAGAGAUUUCGAUGAACAGGGUCAUUAUGAGCUGGAUGAUGGCAAGGAUAUUUAUGAAAUGCACGACCUACAUGACGUUGACUAUGAAAACUUUAAAGAACGAAAGGCGUUGGAACAGCGAGAACGAAGAAGAAUGGAAAGGGACGACUACGGUUACAGAGAUCGGGGCUAUGAUCCGGAGGAUGAGGAUUAUGAGGAAAGUCCGAGGAUCAGGAGAACAGGAUACGACCGAAGAAUGGAUCGUGGCCGCUCUGAGUACUACGAACGGGACAUAGAAGAUUAUGAUGUAGAGAGACGGCGCGACCGCCGCGCGCGUAGUGCUAUGUACGACUGUGAAAGAAGGCAAGACAGUGGUCCUGAACGGUGGGGGAGAGGGGAUCGGUGGGGACGUGAUGAGCGCCUUGGAGGGGGAGACAGACACGGAAGGCCACGGCGCCUGCGCAGGCUCUACACAAUCGAUGACACCGAAAGAGCACGUCACAGAUAUACGCCGUCUCCGGAUAGAGAUGAUUGGAGCGACGAGCUGCCUCCCAUUCGACGGAGGCCACCUGCAGAUUGGGGCUCCCGGCAGUCAGAUUUGUAUCCAUCUGGUCCAGUGUCGAUCGCCAAAGAUGAAAUAAAGCCGGUGCCUAUCUGGCUGUGCGUGUUCCUGGUAGCUUCGUACAUCGUGGCGGGCACGUUCCUGUUCAAGCGGUGGGAGGGUUGGGCGUACCUCGACGCGGCUUACUUCUGCUUCAUCACGCUCACCACCAUCGGCUUCGGCGACUUUGUGCCUGCUCAGGGGCAAACCGGCGAGGCGGCAGACGCUGUGCACUCGAUCGCGCUGUGCUCGCUGUACCUGCUGUUCGGCAUCGCGCUGCUGGCGAUGUCCUUCAACCUUGUGCAGGAGGAGGUGCGCGCGCACGUAGCCGCGCUUGCCACGCGCCUCGGCAUCAUCAAGCCGCGAGACGUACACGACCUCGACUACUAA